CACCUUGUUCUCUUCAUUCACAUAUUUCUCCAUUCACAAAAAAAAUUACCCCCGCGAAUGGUGCUUUUACUCAACAACCAGCGGGCGGUCUGGCUACCAUUGCGGUGCAUCAAACGACAAAUAGAAAUGCUUCUUGACUGCAGCGGCUACACAAACUGGGACGUCGGUGUUCAUUUCAUCGACAACCAUCGAAUGCAAGAGAUCAAUAGCCAAUAUCGACACAAAAACAGGCCCACAGACAUAUUGUCUUUCCCGUUCCACCAAGUGCAAGGACUAGAGCCCGAGAGUGCUCUUCCUAAAGCAGAGCAAAGAGAUGGGUUGGGUGCUGAUGACGAACGAAACUUGGGCGACAUGUUCUUGUCAUUGCCAUAUAUUUUGGACGACUGUAAGUCUCACAACGAGAAGCUGACCGAUCGUUUGCCGGUGCUGUUUACGCAUGGUAUUUGCCACUUGCUAGGGUAUGAUCAUGAGCUGGAUACUGAUUAUCGAUUGAUGGCUGAAAAGGAGCGCCAUAUAUUGAAUAUGUUCAAUCAACUAGUUGAAAAGGAGCGCCGCUUGCCGUUCUAGCCUUGUAAUAGAAAAGAGUAAC